AUGGAUGACGUCGAGUUGGUGAUUUUAGACUUUGAUUUGACGCUGCUCAACAUACACGCCUGCGCCGAGCGCGUGUCGGCGCGAGAGGUGGAGACGGGGGGGCGAGACGGUGAUUUCGUCGAUGUGGAGUGCUUUCGAGCGUUCGUGGGGAGCGCGAAAACGCGCGGGAUCGACGUUCGGAUAGCGUCGUUCGGGGUGUACGAGGUGAUUCAGGCGUACGUCGAUCGAGCGCUCGGGAAGGGGGCGAUGACGCGGAGGGAGAUUUCUACGCCGAGCGUCGUCGGCGUGCGAGACGGGUGCUCGGUGAGCGGCGGGAAGAAUAAGCAGAUGCAAAAGUUCUGCGAGGAAAAGUACGGGGAAAAGGAAUGGAAACGGUACGCGAAUAGGGUGCUGUUGUUCGAUGACGACGAGCGGAACGUGGCGAAGGCGAUCGAGGGCGGGUUUCGCGCGGUGCGCGUGCCGGCUGGUUUCACCAAAGACGUGGCUCGGUUACUAUUUCCUAGUGAUUUCUAA